CUCCUUCUCGGCCCAGAACCGCAGCGAGCGCUGGGUGCGUCGCUGCAGCCGCCGGGAUGUGACCUUCACCGCCGCCUAGCCAGGAUGACCGGAGCCCCUGUUCCGCGGCGUCCGCGGCUCGCUUCAGCUUCCCAGGUGCUCUGACCGCAUGCUCACGGCUGCCCGGCUACCCGGCCCGGGCCUCGCCAUGCCGCCACCGCCCGGGCCCGCCGCCGCCCUGGGCAUUGCGCUUCUGCUGCUCCUGCUGGCCUCCGAGUCUUCCCACACUGUGCUGCUGCGGGCGCGCGAGGCGGCGCAGUUCCUGAGGCCCAGGCAACGCCGCGCCUACCAGGUCUUCGAGGAGGCCAAGCAGGGCCACCUGGAACGGGAGUGCGUGGAGGAGGUGUGCACCAAGGAGGAAGCCAGAGAGGUGUUCGAGAACGACCCCGAGACGGACUACUUCUAUCCAAGAUAUCAAGAGUGCAUGAGGAAAUAUGGCAAGCCCGAAGACAAAAACCCAGAUUUUGCCACAUGUGUUCAGAAUCUACCUGACCAGUGCACCCCCAACCCUUGUGAUAAGAAAGGCACUCAACUCUGCCAAGACCUCAUGGGCAACUUCUUCUGCCUGUGCAAAGCUGGCUGGGCAGGCCGUCUCUGUGACAAAGAUGUCAAUGAGUGUGGCCAGAAGAAUGGGGGCUGCAGCCAAGUCUGCCACAACAAACCAGGAAGCUUCCAAUGUGCCUGCCAUGGCGGCUUCUCGCUCGCCUCAGAUGGCCGGACCUGCCAAGAUGUAAAUGAGUGCGCAGACUCAGCUGCCUGUGGGGAAGCACGCUGCAGGAACCUGCCAGGCUCCUACUCCUGCCUCUGUGACAAGGGAUACACAUACAGCUCCCGGAAGAAGGCCUGCCAAGAUGUGGACGAGUGUGAGCAGGGACGAUGUGAGCAGACCUGUGUCAACUCCCCGGGCAGCUAUACCUGCCACUGUGACGGGCGUGGGGGGCUGAAGCUAUCGCCAGACAUGGAUACUUGUGAGGACAUCUUACCAUGUGUGCCCUUCAGCAUGGCCAAGAGCGUGAAGUCACUGUACCUGGGCCGCAUGUUCAGUGGGACUCCUGUGAUCAGACUGCGCUUCAAGAGGCUUCAGCCCACCAGGCUGCUGGCCGAGUUCGACUUCCGAACUUUCGACCCUGAAGGAGUCCUCUUCUUCGCUGGAGGCCGUUCAGAUAGCACCUGGAUUGUCCUGGGCCUAAGGGCUGGGCGGCUUGAGUUGCAGCUGCGGUACAAUGGUGUUGGACGCAUCACCAGCAGUGGGCCAGUCAUCAACCACGGCAUGUGGCAGACUAUCUCUGUGGAGGAGCUGGAACGCAACCUCGUGAUCAAAGUGAACAAAGACGCUGUGAUGAAGAUUGCGGUAGCUGGGGAGCUGUUCCAGCUGGAGAGAGGCCUGUACCACCUGAAUCUCACCGUGGGAGGCAUCCCCUUCCAGGAGAAUGAGCUCGUCCAGCCCAUUAACCCUCGCCUGGACGGGUGCAUGAGGAGCUGGAACUGGCUGAAUGGGGAGGAUAGUGCCAUCCAGGAAACGGUAAAGGCAAAUACGAAGAUGCAGUGCUUCUCUGUGACGGAGAGAGGGUCCUUUUUCCCUGGGAACGCAUUCGCCUUCUACAGCCUCAACUACACCCGAACAUCGCUGGACGUCGGCACGGAAACCACCUGGGAAGUGGAAGUCGUGGCUCGGAUUCGCCCCGCCACUGACACGGGGGUGCUGCUAGCCCUGGUGGGUGACAACCAUGUCGUCCUCCUCUCCGUGGCCCUGGUCGACUACCACUCUACGAAGAAGCUCAAGAAGCAGUUGGUGGUCCUAGCAGUUGAGGAUGUUGCCCUGGCAUUGAUGGAAAUCAAGGUUUGCGACAGCCAGGAACACGUAGUCACUGUCUCCCUGCGUGACGGUGAAGCCACCCUGGAAGUGGAUGGCACCAAGGGCCAGAGUGAAGUGAGCGCCGCCCAGCUGCAGGAGAGACUGGACACACUUGGGACACAUCUUCAAGGCUCUGUGCUCACCUUUGUUGGAGGCCUGCCAGACGUACCAGUGACUUCUGCACCCGUCACGGCGUUCUACCGAGGAUGCAUGACCCUGGAAGUCAACCGGAAGGUCCUGGACCUGGAUGAGGCCUCCUACAAGCACAGUGAUAUCACCUCCCACUCCUGCCCACCUGUGGAGCAAGCCACCCCCUAAACCAAGCUGCUCUAGCACUUGCGCUUGAGAGGACUGUGCCCCUAAAGACGAAGGGGACGCAGAGUGACGGACGCCCAGCACUGGCUCCUCCUGUGCGGGUCCUACAACACUGGAGUGGGUUUUUCUUGAGAUCUUCCUUUGCCUUGUAACAUAUCUGUACAUAAUGGGACUGGUACCGGGGUCAGCGGCUGAUGGUAGAGCCGUGUGGCCUGGUGGGAGCUGGCUGGAGGGGCUGGCAGCUUGCGGCAGAGUGGAUGUGAAGAAAAUAAUUCUCUAUUAUUUUUAUUACCACAUGCUUCUUUCUGAUUCUAAAAUAUGGGAAAUAAAAUAUUUACAGAAACCUUUUUAA